AUGAGCACACAGGAGGAUAAGAAACGUGAAAAUUUACCAUGGGUUGAAAAAUAUAGACCUCAAACAUUAGAUGAUGUGUAUGGUCAAACAUCGAUUGUAACCACAGUUCGUAAAUUUAUCGAGGAGGGGAAAUUGCCUCACUUAUUAUUUUAUGGUCCUCCUGGUACAGGUAAGACUUCUACAAUUGUUGCUCUAGCUAGAGAGUUAUAUGGGAAGAAUUAUUCCAAUAUGGUGUUAGAAUUGAAUGCUUCUGAUGAUAGAGGUAUUGAUGUGGUACGUAACCAAAUCAAGGAUUUUGCGUCCACCAGACAAAUAUUUUCUCGUGGAUUCAAGUUAAUUAUUCUUGAUGAAGCUGAUGCAAUGACAAAUGCAGCUCAAAAUGCUUUGAGAAGAAUAAUUGAAAAAUAUACCAAAAAUACUAGAUUCUGUAUCCUUGCCAAUUAUGCUCAUAAAUUGACCCCUGCACUGUUAAGUAGAUGCACAAGAUUUAGAUUCCAACCUUUACCAAGCGAUGCCAUUGAACGUCGUAUUGCUAAUGUCUUAGUUCAUGAACAUAUCAAAUUAAGUGAUCAGGCUAGAGCCGCAUUAUUGAAACUAUCAAAGGGUGAUAUGAGACGUGUAUUGAAUGUAUUACAAGCAAGUAAAGCUACAUUAGAUAAUCCAGAUAAAGAUGAGAUAACGGAUGAAACGAUAUAUGAAUGUUGUGGUGCACCAAGACCUGCUGAUGUCACUGCAAUUUUAAAAUCUAUUUUGGAGGACGAUUGGAGUUCGGCAUAUUACACAUUAAAUACGAUCCGUCAAACAAAUGGUCUAGCAUUAAUCGAUCUAAUCGAAGGCAUGAUUGAGAUACUGGAAGAAUAUGAAUUACAAAAUGAAACUACCAGGAUUGAACUUCUUACAAAAUUAGGAGAUAUAGAAUAUUCUAUCUCAAAAGGUGGUAACGAUCGUAUACAAUCUAGUGCAGUAAUCGGCGCCAUCAAGACCAGUUUUGAGAAUGAAGUCCAGACCAACUAG